AUGUUCCAGACUUUCAGCGGUAGUUCUCGUCGUCCUCGCCAGGUCAACCUUUCCGGCCAGAAUCUCAAUCCUUUUGCUGCAAGCUCGUGGACCCCCUCCGCUUCGGGCACCCAGAAAACCCUUGCACAUGCUCAGCAGGAGAGGCAACAACGGCAGCAAGAACGAGAGCGGCUGAACGCCACCAAACGAAUCCAGAGAGUAUGGAGAGGCCACAAAGUGAGGCAAGCAGUGGCAGACUCAAGGAGGAAGGCUUGGGAUGAUGCGGAAGCUGCUGGUAUUGAUGUCGAUGGAACGGGCUCGUGGCUGGUUCAGCAAACACAGCUCCUGGUGGCAUUCUUUAGUCCACGACGACAAGACGACGUCAGUAGAUUGAUAGCUCUCAGUCAAAGGAUAUCUGCAGCCGGCCAUCAAUCUUUUCUGGCUCGUCAUGAUAUCCAGCCGCAGAUUUCUCGACUGUCAAAAGUCACACUUGAUGCUCUCCAAUUCUUUCUGCCCGAGUGCUCGAGCCCAUUGCUGCAGUUGUUAAUAGCAAUAAUUGAUCAACGUCCACACGCCUUCCCUACAAUAUCUCGCGCGUACUACAACUACCUAUCAGCCCUUUUCACUACCAAUAAGUCCGGGAAUCUAGAUAGAGACCUCAUAUUAACUGCAAUAAAGGUUCCUUUAGUGGAGCAAAGCCGUGAGAUCGUCCUCAACGCAUACGGCGCCUUCGCUGUGCAAUUCUUGACGAUCCCUGACCUGAAAGGCUUACUAGGCCGUCUGGAUGAGUUAGCGGCCAUCAUAAAUGUCGGUCUCCUUUCUGAAGCAUUGGUUCACGAGUUUUCAUCUGGCUCAGCAAACCACGUCUCGCCCGAUAAUCGAUUAUGGCUUCUAGCUCAUUUCAUAGCACUGCAUCGUCUUCAGCAGCGGAGUGAUCAAGAGCCCACAUUUCUUCGAGCACUAUCCCUACAGUUAUCAAGUUCAUCGGGCGAGAUUGUUGGCCGGAUAGAUUCAGCCGAUCCCGAGUCUUUACAAGAAUCUGCCGACGACGAAAACGCUCAGGCCACUGUCCCGCCACCACUACCCUCUUUCAUUAGGGAUGAGCUCACAUCACUAGUCAACCAAGCUAGCAUUACUGGUUUGCUAACUAAAUUCAAUAUUGACUACGCCAAAGCUUCUGUAGCUGGGGAGGAAGAUGCCAGUCUACUCGCAAGUUAUGCGUUGACUCUUCUUAGAAUCUUCCCGCGUCGUGGUGACGAGAUCCGAAUGUGGCUCUAUCUAGGAUCAAUGACUACUUCGUCUGGCGUCCUAGUGCCGGCUUUAAAGUUCUUCUGGCAAGCUGUGAGUUUGACCAGAACAUUCUCUGUCAUAACAGAGGAUUCGAAGGCUGCUUUGUCGAUACUUCGGUCACAGAUUGUCACAUCAAGUAAUAUUUCUGAUGACCGAGAAUGGCGAACAAUUCUCUUGUUUCUGGAACUGUAUACUUUUGUCCUCAGAUUUACCGACGAUGAAGAGUUUUUGAGUGGUAGCGCUCCAAAUCUUGGCCAAGGGAACGCACCAAUAUCUCGAAUCCGUGCAAGUGCUCUUCCUCUCGAAGACGUGAAACGAUUAACACUCUUUCUGAAAAAUUUGGCUUUUACGACUUAUUAUAAUGCCGGGGAAUUAUCCGAUGAAGACCAGCAGAUAAGCGAAGGGGGCCUAGGAACCUACUUUGGGACACAUGUAGCUACGUCGAGAUCCCAGUCCCAUGACGCUGAUAUGGCAACGAAGCGCGCAACGCGACGCCCAUUCGCUGGUAUUGCAGGAAUGACCUUCAAAUAUGUAAGAACUAUAGUUACUGGUGUAAUGCGGAUGCUCUACGAGCGGGAUUCGAGACGGCGAUUCUUACCAAAAGAUCACUGGCUGAUGACAUCGAGAUUCGAUAUGGAGGGCUUCAUCCCUGCUGUAGUUAUGGAAGAAGAGAGACAGCACCAGGUCAGGGAGGAGGGCGACGACGAGGAUGUCAACGACGAGGAUGUCAACGACGACUUAGAUGAUGUGAUGGGAGAGAGGAACCUUAUUGGUAUGGCCAGGCCGCGCCGUGCCCUACAGAUCGAAAGCCUGAGAAGACAGCAACAAAAGGCAGCUCGAAAGAAAGUACUCGCCGCAGUGGGGCCGAGACUAGAAGUCCUGCAGAAUAUGCCAUUCAGCAUCCCUUUUGAGACCCGUGUGCAGAUAUUCCGGCAGUUUGUCCUCCUUGACCAAACUCGCAGGCGGGGCGGUAAUGUGGAUCCUGACAGGUGGCGCAUGUCCGUGGUACAAAAUGCUCUGAUGACCCAGGGGCCAAUGGCUUCAGGCCGUGAAGUUUUAGGCAGGCAUCAUGCUAAGAUCAGGCGUGAUCAGGUGUUCGAAGAUGCUUAUGAUCAAUUCUAUGAUCUAGGAGAAGAUCUGAAGGAACCGAUCCAGAUUACAUUUGUCGACAAGUUUGAUACCGCCGAGGCCGGCAUUGAUGGCGGUGGAGUAACCAAGGAGUUCCUCACAAGUAUCACAAACGAGGCAUUCCGUUCAGAAGACGGUCCAAAUCUCUUCGUGGCAAAUGACCAGAAUCUCCUCUACCCUAAUCCAUCAAGCCUGGAUGAGAGGAAGGAACUGUUGAGACAAGCCGGUCUGACUGAAUCCUCUUUGGAAUGGCGAGAGAGUAUCAAAGAUCUGUUAAGACAGUACGAGUUUUUGGGCAGAAUUGUGGGGAAAUGUUUGUAUGAGGGUAUUCUCAUUGACAUCAGUUUUGCUGGCUUCUUCCUCUUGAAAUGGGCUGCGUCAGGAGCUACUGCCUCAGAGUCUGGAUACCGUGCUAAUAUCAACGAUCUACGCGAUCUUGAUGAAAGUUUGUAUCAGGGACUGUUGAAGCUCAAGAAUUAUCCUGGCAAUGUGGAGGACUUCUCUCUAGACUUUACCAUCACGGAUACCAUCUCACUACCUGGGGCACCUACGAAGACAAUUACCAGGGAACUUAUGCCUAAUGGAUCAAACAUCCCUGUCACAAAUGAAAACCGGCCUCUUUACGUAUCAUAUGUCGCUCGGCAUCGCCUACAAGUACAACCAUAUCAACAGACACAGGCAUUUCUCAGAGGCGUUGGUGAAAUCAUUAAACCAUCCUGGCUAUCUAUGUUCAACCAGUCUGAACUGCAGACUCUCAUUGGUGGAGACUCAUCGGAAAUUGAUGUUGAGGAUUUGAGGAGGAACACGGCCUAUGGUGGUGUGUACCAAAUCGGCGAUGACGGCCUUGAGCAUCCCACGAUCCAACAUUUCUGGAAGGUUAUGAAGGAACUGGAUGAUUCCGAUCGGCGAAAGGUCUUAAAGUAUGUGACCUCGACCCCGCGGGCGCCUCUUCUGGGCUUCUCGCAGCUGAAUCCCAGAUUUAGCAUUCGAGACGCUGGCGGUGAUCAGGAGCGGUUACCAAGUACAAGCACUUGCGUGAAUUUGCUAAAACUUCCGAGGUAUUCGACUGCGGCGAUAUUGCGGGACAAGCUAUUAUACGCCGUCAACUCUGGUGCAGGGUUUGAUCUCAGUUAA